GGAGACGCGGCUUAAUGGCCGCCGCCGAACGGUGGCGCGGCCGUGAUUGACACCAAGUAUCUUUGAAGACCUUUCCUCCACCCUGAAAAGUGAAUUGAGAAGUAAAACAUCUUGUGAAAGAGAUUCUCAACGCUUUAGAGAUUGGUGUCUUGGCCUUGAGUUCUAGGUGCUCUUUUCAUCAAACAGGAAGUCAUCAAUACAUCAAAAAGAAGUUUCCCAUGGCAGAGCAUUCAGAGAGUUGCACAGCACCUGUACUGGUUUUACAUUUUAAGCUACCUUAUAGAGCCUUGAAAAUCCUCACAAAGGAUCUACCCUGAGCUACAGGAAGGAAAACUUGUUUUUGUUGACUGUGACCUUGCAAACACGAAACAAGUAAAAACAUCGGCAGAUAUUAAUCCAUCGGGAUACAGACAGCUGCACAUGCAUUGCCAGCUCUUGGUUGAAGAUGGCAUCAUGCCUUUAUGAAUGCCUUUGUGAAGCAGAACUUGAAAAAUAUUAUUCCCACUUUGCUGCCUUUGGUCUUCAGAAAAUUGAUGAGCUUGCCCAAGUUUCCAUGGAAGAUUACAUCAAACUGGGGGUCCAUGACGUAAAUGACCGCAAGCGUCUUUUUCAGCUCAUUAGAAAAAUCAAAAUUACACGAGAGGAAGGCAUUGCAGACUUAAGCAAGCAAGACUCAAAACCACGUGGCCUUUUCAUUCAGCCUCAGGUGACCAGAUCCAGUACUUUUGACAAAGAGACUCCGUGGACAGAGAGAGAGAAAAUCAGAGUGUGUGUCCGAAAACGUCCUCUCUGCCAGAGGGAGGAGAGACGUGGGGAAGUUAAUAUAAUCACAGUAAAAGAUAAAGAAACCCUACUUCUCCAUGAGAAGAAGGAGGCAGUUGAUCUUACACAAUACAUUUUACAGCAUGUUUUUUAUUUUGAUGAAGUCUUCGGGGAGUCAUGUACCAAUCACGAUGUGUAUAUGAAGACAGCUUAUCCUCUCAUUCAGCAUAUUUUUAACGGAGGCAAUGCGACUUGCUUUGCAUAUGGGCAGACUGGUGCUGGCAAGACGUACACCAUGAUAGGGAAUCACCGGAACCCAGGACUCUACGCCCUGGCUGCCAAGGACAUCUUUAGGCACCUGGAAACAUCACCAUCCAGGAAAGAUCUUAUUGUUCUGAUCAGUUUUUAUGAGAUCUACCGUGGACAGCUUUACGACCUCCUAAAUGGAAGGCAAAGACUUUAUGCAAGAGAAGAUGGCAACCACGUUGUUCAGAUAGUUGGACUGCGGGAGGUUCAGGUGGAUUCUGUAGAUCGUCUGUUGGAGGUAAUUUUGAAAGGGGGAAAAGAACGUAGCACAGGAGCUACUGGAGUCAACUCAGAUUCCUCUCGGUCUCAUGCCAUCAUCCAAAUUCAAAUUAAAGACACAGCCAACAGGGCAUUUGGAAGGAUAUCAUUCAUUGACUUGGCUGGCAGUGAAAGGGCAGCUGAUGCCAGAGACUCAGAUCGACAAACAAAAAUGGAAGGAGCAGAAAUAAACCAAAGUCUUUUGGCACUGAAGGAAUGCAUUCGGGCAUUGGAUCAGGAACACACACAUACUCCUUUCCGGCAAAGCAAAUUAACUCAGGUCCUAAAGGACUCUUUCGUUGGCAAUUCCAAGACAUGUAUGAUUGCCAAUAUUUCACCAAGUCAUAUCGCUACAGAGCACACCCUGAACACUCUGCGAUAUGCUGACAGGGUCAAGGAGCUGAAGAAAGGGUUUAGAUAUUCUACCCCUGUCACAAAAAGGCGUCGCAGAGUUAGAAAUAUAUCUCCUAAACGUGUCCAAAGCAUUCCCUCCUUGCCACUGGGAGAAAAGAGCUCUCCAAAGAAAGUGAAGCUAGGCCUUCAGCAUCCCUCAGGUGUUGCAAAAUCAAAGGCAUACCUUGCAGCUCUCCAGCCACUUGGUGUCCCUCUUACCUCUACCCCCAAGGGAAUUGGCAAGGGACAUGCCUACAAAGGAAAUACCAGCACUCCCUGCUUCCACCACACCACCCCAGUUAAGGGAGUCCUACGGAUAACACAUCCCCUAAAGAAGAAAAGCUAUGAUCUAUCCCCCUACUCUGAAAAGAGCCCCUCCAUGAAGGAUUUAAUUGCCUCAGCAGAAACAAAAGAGAGUGGCCAGCCCGACAAGUAUAUGCAAAACAGAACACCUGCCCAGUGCCUGAAAGUCCAGACAGUGCAACCUGUUCAGAAACAACUUGUUCCUAGUGAUGAUAAUUCCUUUGGAGAUGGAAGUCUGCCCUCCGACAGUGAACAGGAGUGGGGAAACACUUUUGCUAAACAGUCUGUUGAACCCUGGAUAUAUCUGCCUCAAUUUCAGAAGGAAAGGGAAGAGCAUUUACGUCUUUAUCACCAGCAGUUUCAGCAGCCCCCUAUUCUAAAGCAAAAAUUGAACUAUCAACCCCUUGAGAGGUUUUUAAUACAGUACAAGCCUGAGGAGAUUCAAGAGAAGCAGGAGCUGAGCCUUUCUCCCACUGAACUGCAGAGCAAAGAGGGGAUGCAGCUGGAAGAUCUGGAUGACAGUGAUUUCAGUGAAGAUUCUUUCUCACCUGUCUGUAGUCAAAAGAGCGUGAAAAGAGGAAAUACCAACAAAUGCAGUCAACAUUCAUUUUUCCUUCAUGAAAGAGAACAAGGAACCAAAGAAGAGCAAAAAGGUCAAAAGCAACAGGAUUUAUUUUUUAAAUAUGCAAUACCCAUGCAAGAUCAUGGAUUGGAUUGUAGUGAGGGUAGCCCAAAGGCAGAGGAAUCCAUUAAAAAUGCAGGCUCCAGCAAUACUCCUGCAGACUGGAGCUAUGACUUAGAUGUUGAAUCCUCUCCAAGCAAUACUGCAGAAAAACCUUACUGCCAGCAGGAAGAUCCUGCUUGCAGCUGGAGAAAUGGAAAGGAUUUCCUAUCUGAUCACAAAGAGUACAAGUCCAAACCGAGAUGUCUUGUUUUCUCCAGUGAAGCCACUUCAAUUUCAGAAAACGAUGCUUCAAACCCAUAUGUAUCUCCUGUAUUGAAAUCAGGAGCUCCGGAGUGCAAAGAGAUUGAUCUCCAGCAUGAGGGGAAGGAAGAAUCCAUUUUGGAUAAAAAGGCUGCCCUUGCAGGAGGUGUAAAGUGGAAAGCUCACAAAAAUGAAGUUAGCCACUCUGUUUCUUCCAGUUGUUCCUCAGAAUUCACCUCUGAACUCAUGGCCCCUCUCCUGGUGUCCCCUCUUGAUGGUGAGGACACAACCAAAACAGAGAAAGUGUCUUCCAGCCAAGAGAAGUCCCUCCGCAAGAAGCAGGUGCCGGACAGUGACACCCAGAGCAGGUUUGAGGAUGAGGGCUGGCAGUGCACCAGGAGCAGAUCCCUGACCGACAGCAUGCUGGAGCUAGGGGAGCAGCCCCACCACAGGGGAAGGCUCUGUGCCCUGCUGGGCUCCCCUCAAGCCUCACCCAAGUGGCUCCCACCUACCUGCGGCCGCGUGAAGCCGUGCUGCUGCCACCUGGGAUUGGCUUUGUCCAAGCAGGGAGUCUGGCGCAGUCUGUUUGGUGGGCAUGACCCGAUGGAAACAUCCACAGCUGGAUCCUCGAUGCUCAUGUUGGAGAGAGAGAGUGGGGAGCUUUGCAGUGACUCUCCCUGCAAAGAACACUCGGGAGGCAUACGGUGUGGUGCAGAUGUUAAUCAGCAAAACAAUGCUGGUAAUUCAGGGAAGUCUAACUCAAGUCAAGGGCACCAUGCUGAGGAAAUAAAUGCUGAAAUACCCGAAAAGAACAGCCUGCUGCUGCAUCGCAAGCCAGGACUGAGGAAUGAGAACAUGUCCAGCAGCAGCUCUCCAAGUGCUACAUCAGAGAUGGGGAAAAGGCAGAGGGAAGCCCUAGAAAAGGCACAGCAGAUUGUAAUUCGUGCUCAUCGACAACAGCUGGAUGAAAUGGCGUGCCUAUGUUUCAAAGAGGAGUGCUUGAUAAAUCAGAUAUCAGCAAUGGAUUUCCAGAAUUUCAUGACCAUGCUGGAUGAAAUCUUGGUACUGAAAUUAAAGUGUGUCGAAGCAAUGCGAGCCCAGCUUCAGCACUGUUUAGCCUCCUCUGGCACUGAUACAUCACUGCAAACACCUCCACCAGUUUAGACCUUCUUUGCUUCCACAUGCACUGGAGCAGCUACCGGAAACGUCCAGCCACCACUUUGCUGCACUUGGUGCUGCAUAAUGUGGGUGGUAGGGGAUAGCUUUGGGUUUGAUGUUUGUGACUAGUGUGUGUUCUGUACAAGAAUGGAGAGAAUUCUGAGUAAAUGAGAUAACUAAUUAGCACCAUAAGCUUUGUAUUUCAUUAAUAACAGUAAGCCAUGGUCUAAACAGUAUCAAUUCAGCAGCCUUAAAUAUCUCACCAAGCAGCAGACAAGUCGUGUAUCACGUAUCAUAGCAGCUUCUCACACGUUAAAGGCAGUUCUUUGUUGCCAAGUGAGGUAAACAGCUUUGAAGCCAGAUACAGGACCGAACAGAAAUGCUCAAAAGCUACCCAGAAAAGCUGCUGUACUCUGCAAACAGAAGCCAGGAAAGAGAGGAGCCAGGGUUUGUUACACUAACAUGACUGCACCUUAAGUAUUUGGAAGUCAAGGCAUGGUGUGCAGUGCUGUCAGUUUCAGAGGGAGGAAGCCUAUUACUGAAUUAGUUCUUGGGAUGAACUCUCCAGAGCUCCCGAAAGAGGUGGCAUUAAGUUAUGGGUGAGGAGUGUUUUAGCAGGGACUUCAUACCAAAGAUUCCAUCUGGCACAUUGAUAAGCACAUGGAUUUCAUGCUGCUGCCCAGAGGAAGACGCCAGCAGCUGUACCUGCUGCAUACCAUAUCUAAUGCCUGCACUGAGCAGAGUUGAACAGAUUUCUCACAUGAAAAGGGGGUUGCUUGGAGGCACUGGCUUCCAGAAGCUGCUGACAGCACUGUUAUGUGAAUCUGGUAUUUGAAUCAAGGCUACAGAUCCAUCAGCUGGAGCCCUGCAGAAGCCCUGGUGCUGCAUGCAUCAAAUCUGAACCAGAAAGCCAGUCCACUUGCUUUGAAGGCACAAGUGACCUUGAGACACGCUCGCUGACAACGCACUGUGUGAGCGCUCCCGCUCCAAAAUCAGGGCUGUCGCAGCACAUUCAUCCAUCUCUGUGUUUCCUCAGUAAUGCCUGUGGUAGCUCAUUCAAAGCCUGCUCAGUAGCCAGAAAUGCCAAGGGGAACGGAGCACUGCUGUCUGACCAGCUGUGGGUUUUGCUGCCUGCCUGCACAGCCUCCCUGAGAAGCCCAGGUUGGGCUGAGCAGCAGGACAGUAAUUGCAGUGACACUCUGGGAUGCAUAUUUGGUGCAAGCACUCCCAGGAAUGUCACCCAGCAUAGGCCUGGGGAACAGAAGUAAAUCCCAUAUCACUGCCCUGACUGUUGGGUUGUUUUUAGCACUGGUUAGGCUCCAUCUUGCAACUGUGACUGGAUUUCUCUGUGGAGCAGAGAGCAGAGUUUCUCUGGGGUCUGAGGUGAUGGCUCUCAAAACAGUUCCUGUGUCCUGGUCACAGGCCAGCAGCAAACCACACCCGAACCUGGGUCAGAAGCCUCCCUCACACACUCAGAGAGAUGAGGCAUCCAGGAGCAAGACUCUUGGUAUUUCUGCAUGGCACAGAGCAGCGGUGCCCGACAGCCACUGGAGAGCUGUAAAGCAGUGGGACAUCAGCACUCUGCUAAAACCACACAGGGAGGAGCAAGUGUUUAAAACCAGCAAUUCUCUCCACUUCCUGGGGCCAGGGAGGGCUUUCUUGUAAGGUGGGGGGAAUACCAGGCAGCUGGGUAGCCUUCCUGAUAGCAUAAAUUAGAUGUGGACACUUAGUUUGCCCAGCACGUUCUCGGCGAGCAUGCAGCAAACACUGCUGUCAGGGAGCAGCUGAGGAGUUUGGCAAGUCUAUUUGGAACCAAGGAAAAGGUCAGACUGUAGGAUGUGUGCACAGGUCACAAGAAAGGAUAAUGCCCAAUCAGAAACAGUGCAAAGGAGGAAAAUUUUCCUUCCACAUACUCUGACAGUUGGGAGAUGAGUAUUGGUUGAUUGCUCUUUUCAGGUUUUUAAAAAGCAGGUGAGCAAAGUAUGUUCACAGGCUUUUCAAGUGUCUUACAGAAGCUGGAUAUUCUUAAGCAACACACAAGAAUCAUUUGCACAAUCCACAGCACCACGUCCUAACCUCGGUAUCUGCAGGGACAAUUGGGACAAGACAGAUGAGUGACCAAAAAUUUUUGCAAGCAGAGAAGAGUUAAGUCAGCUGCUAGAUUGGAACCAGCUGUGAAUCCCAUCUGAUCUAUUGUGAAAAAAGCAAGUUUCUGGCAGAUCUGAGCCCCAGCAUCAAUUCCCAGAGCAGGAACUGUUUGCUCCCUUGAGGACCACCCAGGACUUUCUCAGUGUCCACUGAGAAACAACAAAUAAUCAAAACAACCACGUACACAGUUUUCCAAGGCAGGUCUGAUACGAUCUUUUUUUGUAAAGCGGUUAUCCAGCCAAUCCACAUGACUAUACCUUCUUAAAUAUUUUAUUAUGUCUGUUCUCCAAAUUUUAUUUUCUCAACUGAAGGUGAGACUUAACCAAAAUAAAUAAAGCACCUGGCUGUGAAAAUCAGCCCAUCCUUGGCAAUAACAUGGACAUGCUUGAAGUGCUGCACACCCCAAAGAUACCAACAAUGGGUUCCUCCUAUGCAACAGAAACUAUCAAGCUGAUGUCAGAAAUUGUAAUGCUUUUUCACUCCCCUUUGAGGGUUAUAAACUACAGUAAUUUCACGAUUAUAAGCCGCACCAUUUUGACUAAAAUUUUGGUCUGAACCCAAA